CUCCUGUCUUCUACGAGGCAUUUUCUUUGCCAUGUAGAAAAGGCAGAAACAGAUAGGACACACAAAAAAAAAAACAAGAAAAGAGGAAAAAAAGUAAUUAAAUGAAAAAGAAAGAAGAUUAAAAAUAGAGAAAUCACUGCCAAAUUUUUGAAAAGUUUCAAAAUAAGUGUAAGUUUUUUUUGUUUGUUUUAAAAGUGUUUCCUUUUUUGGAAUAUUGUUUUUUCCAUCAUUCUGUGUGGGAAGUGCGCAUUUUGGAAAAACCUGGAAAAGUUGUCAAGUGUUUUGUAUUGAAGAUCCUCUGUCCUGGGAGGAGGACUCAGAGGGGGAGGAAAGGAGGUUUUCUUCGGGUUUUUCCUUUUUUUUUUGUAAAGUACUUUGGUGGUUUUUUUUCUUGGUGGAAUGGACUCAACGGAGGCCACCGAAGGGCCUGAAGAUGGCGCAAUUUGUGGAUAAAUUGUGGAUAAAUAUUGGUGAAAACAUAAAUAAUAGCAUGAUUAUGCUAACACAAGCAUAUGGUGAUAUAAGGUGCAUUCAGUGAAAUUUUAAAUCGCUAUUUACUUCAUUGUUUUUCUUUUUCUAAAUUUAACACUGUUUUUCCUAUAAAAAAAAAACAAGCUCCUUUUUAAUAAUUUUAAACGUUGUAUGGGACACAAAAUUAAUUUACCAUAUAUAUAAAAAAAAACAAUUAAAAAAGUUAUUUAAACAAAAAGACAAGAGACAAACUUAUGAAAAAUUAAUUAACUAAAAAGAAAAUAUCAUAGAGAGAAAAAUCUAUAUUUUUUUGGCUUUCAUUUUUGUCAAAGAACCAAUUUCAAAGAAGAAAAAAAAAAGUUUAGGUGUGUCUAAUGCCAAAUGUUUCAACAUUUAAGCAGUAUUUUCAAACAUUUUAAUCACACAAAAAAAAAGUUACAAGUGUAUUUGUUAGAAGAAGGGUGUUUUAGUCCUUGCCAAAUGUGAUAAGUGCGCAAUUGAUUGAUAAAAAUCAAUUUUAACCAAAAAAAAAAAAAAACAUUCACAAAUUGAUAAAUGUGAUAGUAAUACACAAAAAGCAAAGAAAUAUACAGCACAAAGCAACGAAGUGACUAAAUCCAGGUAUUUGUGAGUGACUUUCCAAUGAAGUUUCACCAGUUCGCGUGUAACUCUCCUUAAGGAAGUUUGAAGUUUGUUGUUUUUUGUUUUUUGUACCCCUAAAUAGAGGCAAAAUUUGCAGUUGUUUCCUGUUGGCAAAAUUGCCCCAAAAGAAAAAAAAACAAACACAAAAAACCGUAAGAACCAAAAAGAUAAAGAAUAAUUUGUAGGUGAUAAGGAAAGGGGCGAAGAAGGAGGCGAAGGAAGGCUUUUGCUUUGGUUGAACUUUGUCAAUCAUGCUCCAGGAAUCUGAGACGAGAACCAACCUAGUUCUUUGCCGAAGAUCAAAAGAUCUCACACAACUGGAACUGUGCAGUGACAAUGAGUGCGGCUAAAUGCUAUGCUGACAGUACAAAAAUUUUAUCCUUGCCACAGGUGCUUAAGUGCGUCUUUGAUAGAGAACUGCGACUAUGUGAAGGUGUUUGAGGUACUCAAAAGGUGAGGAAUGGUGAGCGUGUUGGUAAUUGGAUGCCUGGCCACUGUUGGUGCCAUCGUUACUGUGCUUCUCCUCUUUGCCGGCGGUUACCUCUGGUGGCGCCACAAGCGCUCCCAGCUUCAAUUCAUUGAGCCAAAUGACGACGAAGAGGUGGCCAGUGAGAUCGUCAGGCUCCAGCAACCGGUAGCGCCUCCUGCGGAUCCUGGACAGGAAGUUCAGCAACCCCAACAGAGUAUUUCUCCACCUCCAGCCAACAAUAUCAAUCGAAAGCUCAAUGGCUUCCUCAACAUCAAAUCACCCCUGAUCGGUAAUGUCUUUGGCAGAUCCAGCAAUUCGCAGAGCAAAACAUCCGGUGGUGGCGCUGAUAGUGCCAGUGUUGCCACUGUUAGUGGUCAAACGGGGGACAAUCGAAGUAUCUCAAUGAUAGAUAUGUACAUUGACAAUACGGAGCCCAUCGAGAACGUGGGACAAAUACAUUUCUCACUUGAGUACGAUUUUCAGAAUUCAACACUUAUUCUCAAGAUAAUUCAGGGAAAGGAACUACCAGCAAAGGAUCUCAGCGGAACAUCGGAUCCUUAUGUAAGAGUUACAUUAUUACCUGACAAGAAGCAUCGUCUUGAGACAAAAAUCAAGAGAAGAACUCUCAAUCCACGCUGGAACGAGACAUUUUACUUUGAGGGAUUUCCCAUUCAGAAGCUUCAAUCGAGAGUGCUACAUCUGCACGUUUUCGACUACGACAGAUUUUCGCGUGACGAUUCGAUCGGUGAGGUCUUUCUGCCGCUCUGUCAGGUGGACUUUACAGGUAAACCGGCUUUCUGGAAGGCCCUAAAGCCACCAGCAAAGGAUAAGUGCGGUGAAUUAUUGGCAUCUCUCUGCUAUCAACCGUCAAAUUCAAUUCUAACUCUGUCACUCAUAAAGGCUCGCAAUCUCAAGGCCAAAGACAUCAACGGAAAAUCAGAUCCUUACGUCAAGGUUUGGUUGCAAUUUGGAGAAAAGCGCGUGGACAAAAGGAAGACACCCAUUUUCAAGUGUACCCUCAAUCCCAUUUUCAACGAAGCCUUCAGCUUUAGCGUGCCAUGGGAAAAGAUUAGAGAGUGUUCACUUGACAUCAUGGUAAUGGACUUUGACAAUAUUGGACGAAAUGAGCUGAUAGGACGCAUUUUGUUAGCAGGCAAAAAUGGCUCUGGAGCAUCAGAAACGAAACACUGGCAAGAUAUGAUUUCAAAGCCACGUCAGACAAUCGUUCAAUGGCAUCGAUUGAAGCCAGAAUAGUUUGCAUUAAAAGAAAAAGAACUAGAAAAAAAACACAAAAUAUAUUUAAAAAAAAUUAAUAAAAAAAAAACAAAAUUGGUGAUGAAUUAGCGCUAUUAGAGAAAAACAAAAAAAAAACAAAACAAAAACUUAGUUAAAGAGACAAAAUAGAGAUUUAAAAACCAAAAAAAAAGACAAAAAAAAAACAAAUUACAAAAGACAAGUAUUUAAAAAAAAAAAGGUCCUCAGCGUUUAAGGACUGUUUGAGGCUGAAGUUUAAAUGAACAAUGUAAACUUGUGUAGUCCUUUCUUCUCUCUACAUUCAUACCAUUGUAAUUAUAUAAUUAGGUGACAAAAAAAGAAAAAAAAAACGUAAUUUUAAGAAAAGACAAAAAAAAGACAAAAUAUUACAAAAAAAAAAUAAAUAAAAAAUAAAAAAAAGAAGCCCAAAAAAGCUGAAAUUUGUUAUUAAAAGAGAAAUUGAAAUAAUAAAGAGAAAGGUUUGUUAAAUGAAGAUGAUAAAAAUUAGAAAAAGAAACAGAACAAAUAUAUAUAUAUAUACAUAUAUAUAUAUAUAUAAAAAUAUUGUAUAUUUAGGUGGCGAUUUUAUGGCUGAUUGUACCAUAGUUCACAUUGUCCUUCCCGCCCACUAGUACAACAACAACAACAACAAAAAGAAAAAAAAGCAUAAAGAAUAGGUAAAAAAAAAAGAAAAUAUUUAAAGAAAGUGUAAUAGUUGAAACAAAGAAAAAAAACAAAAUAAAAAUAAACGUGUUACAGAAAAACCUUAAAAGAGAAAAAAACCAAAAAAAAAUAUAUAAAUAAAAAUUUAAAAAAAAAAAACAAAAAACGAGAAUAUUUAUUGAAAUAUUGAAAGAGAAUGAUGGUAUAAAAAAAAUGAAAAACCCAAAAAAAAAACGUGUCAUCUUAUAAAUGAUGUUGACAUUAACCAAAAAAAAAAAAUGAAAAGAAAAACCAACCCUAUUCUAAUCACACCGUGUAUUUACAGAGGAAAAAAAAGCCCUGAAUAAGAAAGAAAAUGAGGAAAAUUGAUUAAUUGUGUAAAACUAUGAGUUUGUAUUUAAUUGUUCUGACAACAAAUGUUAUCUGAAAGAAAAUUCAAUAAAUUUUUACAGCCUG